AAAGGUAAAAAAUAAUAUAAAAAAUAAGAUCCUUUAUUUCAGGUUUCUUCCUUGUUAUGAACACCCAUAACUUUGUAUUCACAGAAGCUCUCGUCUUCUUCUUGCUGUAAGAUUGUUCGUUGCCAACCGCUUCUUCAUCUUCUACCACGCUACAGAUCUCCAUAUAUCGUCAUUCUUAUGGCCACGACUGUUGCACGAACAGAUCUAAUUACGGCGACCGACGUUGAUGCAUGACCAGAUCCUCCAUCGUCGGAGAACUCUACUGCCAACGCUUUUCUUUGCCUAGAUUGCUUCCAAAGUUCUAAACCUAAUCAUGGCCUCAAAGCCAAAGAGGAAAACAGUAACUGAUCAGAACGGUGAUAUUGGUGAGGAUCUGGUACUUGCUACAUUGAUAGGAAAUGGUGAGGAUUUGGGACCAAUGGUUAGACAUGCUUUUGAAAUGGGAAGACCUGAAACCCUACUCCAGCAACUUAAGUUUGUGGUAAAGAAGAAAGAAGUUGAAAUUGAAGAACUCUGUAAGUUGCAUUACGAAGACUUCAUUCUAGCUGUUGAUGAGCUCCGUGGUGUUCUUGUUGAUGCUGAGGAAUUGAAAGGUGAACUUGCAAGUGAUAAUUUCAGAUUACAAGAGGUUGGUAGUGCUCUUCUACUUAAACUUGAAGAAAUGCUUGAAUCGUAUUCAAUCAAGAAAAACGUAACAGAAGCAAUCAAGAUGUCGAGAAACUGUGUUCAAAUACUAGACCUCUGCGUCAAAUGUAACAUCGACAUUACAGAAGGAAGAUUCUACCCUGCAUUGAAGAUCAUUGAUCUUAUUGAAAAGAAAUAUUUACAAACCACACCUGUUAGAACAGUGAAAACGAUGAUUGAUAAGAGAAUUCCAGCAAUCAAAUUACAUAUCGAGAAAAGGGUCACUAGUCAAGUAAACGAAUGGCUCGUCCAUGUAAGAAGCACUGCAAAGGACAUUGGACAAACCGCGAUUGCUCAUGCUGCUUUGACUCGACAGAGAGAUGAAGAAACGUUGGAUCGUCAAAGGAAAGCCGAAGAACAAAGCUGUUCAGGCCUAGGAGAUUUCACAUGUACUUUGGACGUUGAAGAAAUUGAAGAGGAUUCAAUUCUCAAAUUCGAUCUUACUCCAAUUUACCGCGCUUAUCACAUCCAUACAUGCUUAGGCCUCCGAGAACAGUUUCAUGAUUAUUACUACAAAAACAGAACAUUACAGCUAAACUCAGACCUUCAAAUCUCAAUGAACCAACCUUUCCUCGAAUCCCAUCAAGUCUAUCUAGCUCAAAUCGCGGGCUAUUUCAUAGUUGAAGACCGAGUGUUGAGAACCGCCGGUGAUCUCCAGACAACAACUAAAGUCGAGACGAUGUGGGAAACCGCCGCUGCUAAAGUGACCGCGAUUCUAAAAGUUCAAUUCUCGAGAAUGGACACCGCCAGCCACAUUCUAUUGGUGAAGGAUUACGUGACUCUUCUGGGUAUGACGAUUAAACAAUACGGCUACGAAACGGGUGCGAUUAUGGAGACGCUGAACUGCAGCCGGGAGAAAUAUCAUGAACUCCUUUUAGCUGAGUGCGGCCUACAAAUCAAUGAUGUCCUGUCAAGUGACUCGUUCGAGCAAAUGAUGAUGAAAAGGGAGGCGGAUUAUCAAGCGAGCGUUCUGGUUUUCCAUUUACAAUCCUCCGAUAUAAUGCCAGCUUUUCCUUACGUCGCUCCAUUCUCCUCCAUGGUACCCGAUUGCUGUCGUAUAAUCCGGUCCUUCAUAAAGGACUCUGCCAAUUACUUAUCCUACGGUAGCAACGUAAACGUAUUCGAUUACGUUAAGAAAUAUUUAGACAGGCUUUUAAUCGACAUACUAAACGAAUCGAUUCUCAACACAAUUCAAAGCGGUUCGACGGGGGUAUCUGAGGCAAUGCAGAUAGCAGGAAACAUAGCUGUUCUCGAGAGAGCCUGCGAUUUCUUUCUUCAACACGCGGCUCAGCAAUGCGGGAUACCCAUCCGAUCAGUUGAAAGGCAUCAGGCUACUCUAGCGGCUAAGGUCGUUCUGAAGACAUCAAGAGAUGCAGCCUACCUCGCUCUGUUGAGUUUAGUUAACAAUAAGCUUGAAGAUUCGUUGGCUUUAGCGGAUAAUAUGAACUGGAUUCCCGACGAAACGCCUGGAGGCAGUCAUGAAUUCAUGAACGAGGUGAUUAUUUAUCUGGACACUGUUUUAUCAACUGCUCAACAGCUGCUGCCGUUGGAGGCGUUGUAUAAAGUUGGAGUUGGAGCAUUUGAACAUAUAUCGUAUACCAUUGUGGCUGCGUUUCAGAGUGAUUCUUUGAAGAGGUUUAACGCUAAUGCGGUGAUUGGGGUUAACAACGACGUGAAGGCAUUGGAAGCUUUUGCGGAUGAGAGGUUUCAGAGUACUGGUUUGAGUGAGAUUUAUACUGAAGGGAGUUUUCGUGCUUACUUGAUUGAAGUUAGGCAAUUGGUUAAUCUUCUUCUUAGUAGUCAGCCUGAGAAUUUCAUGAAUCCUGUUAUAAGACAGAGACAUUAUAGUACGUUGGAUCAUAAGAAAGUGGCUUUGAUUUGUGAGAAGUUUAAGGAUUCUCCUGAUGGUUAUUUUGGUAGUCUUUCUCGUGGAGCUCAAAAUCCUCGUACUAAAUCAAUGGAGGUCUUGAAGAGACGAUUGAGGGACUUCAAUUAAUCAUGUUUUGAUAACUCUUUACAAUUGUAAGUUUUUACUUAC